AGAAGGAGUUUUUAAAUGGGGAUAAGUACAGGCUGUUGCUACUGAUGAUACUAUACAUUGUUCAAGGCAUUCCAAUGGGAUUCUUGUUGGGCACAAUGCCUAUUAUGCUGAAGAAGUAUUACUCAUACACUGAUAUAUCCAUCCUUUCGCUUUGAUCAUUUCCUUAUAAUGUAAAAUUCUUGAUAGCACCAAUUGUUGAUACAGUUUAUUGCAAAUGGCUAGGCCGAAGGAGGUCGUGGAUCAUUCCUGUCCAGCUCCUCGCAGGAGGAAUAAUGUUCCUCGUUGCUAUGAACCUCAAUACCUUGAUUGAGAACUUCUCUGUCUAUACAGUAACGUUUGUAUUCGGAGUGAUUUUCAUGUGUCUAGCUAUUCAAGAUAUUGCUGUCGAUGGAUGGUCAGUAACUAUUGUUAAGGAAGAGAGCCUUAACUACGCUUCCACUACACAGAAUAUUGGGCUCUCGCUCGGAUGCUUUAUCUCUACUACUGUUUACCUGGCGUUCAAUUCAGUAUCGUUUUGAAACUCUUUUGUAAGACCAUUAUAUAUAGACUCUCGCUUUUUGAACAAUGAUAAAGGGAUAUACUCGAAGCCUAUAGUCAAUGAAGCUAACUUCAUGAUUGGUUGGGGAAUUCUGACUAUUUUAGCCUGCUUGUAUACCCUGGCAUUUCAUAGUGAGAAAGAUGACAGAGUCCAAUCUACUGAAGAAGAGCAACUUGGAGUUUAUGAUACCUUUAAGUUUGCUAUUAAGCUCUUAAUGAACAAGUACGUUCUUUAUUUGGUGUCGUUUUGGACAUUGGAAAAAUUAUUCUCUUACUUCUCUGCACCUUCAAACCUUUAUCUGCUGGAUGAGAAGAAGUACGACCAAGGAAAGUAUUCAUUUAUGGGUGGGCUAACAUUCCCAGUGGAAUUACUCACCACUAUCUUGAUUUCAAAGUAUGCAUAUGAGAAUCCAUUUAAGUUGAAAUAUUCCAUUCUGUUCAUGGGAAUUCUAGUUGACCUACUCUGGGUGAAUGUCUGACUCUCAAAUUAUGAUUCGAUCAUUGCUUAUAAUCCCAGGUUAUUUGAUUUCCUUUUGUUCAUGAGCUUUCUGGUUUCCUCUAUCUUGGGCACAGCUGCGUUUAACUGAGAUGUAGCUUCAUUCAAUAAGAUGUGUAAUAAAGAUAACGGGGGAACACACAUCACAGUAUUUGCAUCCUUAUCAAACUUAUCAAGUGUUGUCCCUAGAUUGUACAGUUACAAGGUCGUUGACAAAUUCGGCCUGUUCAUCCCAACUCUUUUGGGCAGCUUCGGUACAUUGGUAGUCUUGAUCCUAAUCAAGCCUCUAGUCAACACUCUGAGCCAGGCUAAGAGAGAAGACUUCGAUGUGGACAAAGGGUAUCAAAGUCUGAAAGCUGAUAAAAAUGAUUAGUGUGGAAAUUAGAUUUCAGCUCAAGUU